AACUUCGUGUACUAUCUUAUAAUUAAUGAUUCCCUCUUUGUAAGAUUAACUAAGAGGCCUGGUUUAUUAGCUGGAUGACAAUCCCUCAUUCAGUGCCUCAAUCAGGCAGCGGGGGCUCCGUGCAUUUGAGUGCUGGCAGGGAGCUGGUUAACACUGACACGGCUGGCUGGUUUUAAUAGGGAGGUAGUGGAGAGAGGGCGAGGUACAGCACACAGCACAGCCGACACCUGCAAACACUUGACUGGACUCGUACAGAGAGGGAGCGCGUCUGACUCUGGAAUACUAACGGAUUUGCUCCUCAUGAUAUUGUGAAAGAUGACAGUGCGACUGGAAAUAGGAAAGUUUCUCUGAGCUCCGCGUAAUUCUCAAAGGGUAACCGGUUUGUGAACGCUAGCUCUAGUACUUUAACUACGCUGACUGGAAACUUUGGCAACUGAGAAAGAACGAAGAAACAACCUACGAAACUACAGACAAAUGGACAUUGACGCGUUUAGGUGCGUUUUGUGACUGUUUUGUUCGCAUCGGACAGCUGCGUGCCACGGAAUGUAACAUCUUCCAUCUUAAGUUACCUGGACAAGAAAUCUCAGUGGGUAAACUGCUGCUGUCAUUAUCAUCAUGAUGCAAACCCUGCUCCUCAUCUUGAGCUUAUGUGUCUGCGGUUGUCAUGGCAACACCCGCACAACACCCCGAGUGCACCUGUCAUAUAAAGAGUUACUGGAGACAAAAACCAUACGGCCGUUUAGUUUCUCUUUCAACACCAGUGACUAUCGAAUCCUGCAUAUGGACCAAGACCAAGGCCGGCUUUACUUGGGCAGCCGUGAAUAUCUGGUGUCUCUAGACAUGCAGAAUGUCAAUAAAGAACCCCUCAUUAUUCACUGGCCAGCAACAACACAAAGAAAAGGGGAGUGUAAAUUAACUGGCAAAGGUGGACAGGGAGAGUGUGCUAACUUUGUGCGUCUGAUUGAGCCAUGGAACAGGACUCACCUGUACACCUGCGGCACAGGAGCAUAUAAACCCAUUUGCACCUUCAUCAACAGAGGCUGGAGAGCUGAGGAAUACCUGUUCCGGCUGGUUCCUGGUUAUGUGGACUCCGGAAAAGGAAAGUCUCCUUACGAUCCCCGCCAGGAGAACGCAGCAGCUCUGAUCAAUGGGAACCUGUAUGCUGGAGUACAUGUGGACUUCAUGGGUACAGAUCCUGCCAUCUUCAGAACCUUGGGAGACCGUCCCGCCGUCCGAACCGAGCAGUAUGAUUCCCGAUGGCUGAACGAGCCUGUGUUUAUAAAAAUUCAGAAGAUUCCAGACAGCGCGGAGAAGAAUGAUGAUAAGCUUUACUUCUUCUUUCGGGAGAAGAGUUUAGAUUCCUCGGGGGGCAGCGCUCCGAGCGUCCUCGCCAGAGUAGGCCGAGUCUGUCUGAAUGAUGAUGGAGGUCAAAGGUCAUUGGUGAAUAAGUGGACAACGUUCCUCAAAGCACGACUGGUCUGCUCUGUGAUUGGCGCAGAUGGUGUUGAGACUUACUUUGAUGAACUGAGGGAUGUUUUCAUCCAGAGGACCCAUGAUGAACGGAACCCCAUUGUGUACGCUGUGUUCUCCACAGCUGGCUCUGUGUUUAAAGGCUCUGCCGUGUGUGUGUACUCAAUGGCUGACAUUAGAAAUGUCUUCAAUGGACCCUUCUCUCACAAACACGGUCAUAACUACCAGUGGACACCCUACACUGGCAAAAUACCUUACCCUCGCCCGGGGACUUGUCCUGGAGGAACCUUCACCCCUGAUCUCCACACCACUAAAGCCUUCUCUGAUGAGGCUGUAAACUUUGUACGUGCCCAUCCGCUGAUGUAUCAACCUAUAUAUCCAAUACACAAGCGCCCUCUGGUGGUCAGAACUGGAGUUGACUACCGUUUCACCACUAUUGCUGUGGACCUGGUGGAUGCUGUGGAUGGAAGAUACGAGGUGCUCUUCCUUGGCACAGAUCGUGGAACAGUCCAGAAGGUGAUUGUCUUACCAAAAGACAUAAGCACAACAGAAGAGCUCGUUUUGGAAGAGGUUGAGGUUUUUAAGAGUCCAGCUGCUGUCAAAACUCUGAAGAUUUCUUCUAAAAGGCAACAGUUGUACGUGUCGUCAGAGAGGGGUCUUACCCAGGUGUCCCUGCACCGGUGUGCCGUUUAUGGCAAGGCCUGUUCAGACUGCUGCCUGGCCCGUGACCCCUACUGUGCUUGGGAUGGAGAACACUGCUCAGCUUUCACCCCGGCUACCAAGAGGAGAAGCAGAAGGCAAGAUAUCAAACACGGAGAUCCUCUACGACAGUGCAGAGGAUUCAAUGCUAAAGUAGAGAAGCGUCUAAGGGAAACGGUGCAGUUUGGGGUUGAAGGGAGCAGCACGUUUCUGGAGUGCCAGCCAAGAUCACCACAGGCCACCGUCAAAUGGCUCUACCAGAAGGACGGGAAGCGAAAAGCACUCAGCCGAGACAAAGAUGUCUUGAAGACCGGUCAUGGCAUCCUGCUGAAAUCUCUCACCCAAUUGGAUGCCGGCCUUUACCACUGCCUGGCAACCGAGAACAACUUCAAACACACCGUGGCGCGCAUCUCCCUACGGAUCCUGGACCGGGAGAUCGUGGAGGCACUGACCGAGUCGGACGUCCCGAUAGAACCAGAGCACCGCCGCCACCAUUCCCAUCACCACCCACCACCGCCGCCCCCUCCCCCUCAAACCCACCCACCCGCUCUCCAGCUCCACCCACAACCUGAAGUGCGUCUCAUCAACCAGUACUGCCAGUCCUACAGGCAGCAGAUACAAAGCCAGCCACACAAAGCCAAACGAAACAACCGCAGGCAUACGGGAGAACAGGAAGAGGAGGAACUACAGGAGCAGUGAAUGGAACAGCACCUGGGACCCUGCUGACCAUGUCCCACCCAUGUGCCCCAUCACUAUGUACUUCCUCCAGGCAAACUUGGUCCAUUUAAUAAAAUGAUUCAUUAGUUUAGACUGAUUCAUUAGACGUAUCAGACUGUGUCUGAACUAGAUUAAUUUUCAUUUUGAAAUACGGUUUAAUGCACUUAGCUCCCCUAACUAAUCUAAAUCUGGCUGUGUUGUGCUCACUUCCAUAGCUAGCAUUAAACUACACAGUUUUCUAAUGAAUUCCUUUAAACGUCCAGCCACACCAGCAAAACUACUGCUGUUUUAUGUUAAACAUAAGCUAUUCCAUUCUAAUAUUCAGCACACAGAUGACUGCAGUGUAAAUACUAUCAUUUGAAACCAUUUAAAAACAUGUACAUUGUAGGCUUCAGAAGGGGUGAAAUUGAAAGAUCGCUGAAUUCGUCAAUCGUCUUUAAAACCCCCAGAUCGUGAAAUACAGUUGUGGAAGGAAUGUUCUGGAGUAUUUGAAGAUGGUUGGAUGUACGUAUCUGCACACUACAAUUAUAGCACAAUAUAUCUUGCCAUCAUUUUGACCACUGAAGUUUUUACUUUCCUUGGCAUUUGCAGUUUUUUUCCAUAUUAAAGUCCUUGGAAGAACAGGCCGGUUUGUAUGGACGACUAGGAGUGACAAUUAAAAUGAAAAUGAAUGUAAUAUAAAAGAAUUUAUUUAAAAUGAAAAAUAAUAGUAUAGUAAUUUAAACAUUAAAAAUUUAAAUUAAAAAAUGAAAUUAUAAAAUGAUAACAUUUCUAUCAUUUCAUUUUUAAGUGUUACUUGUAGUUCUCCAUACAUUUGAGCUUUAAUUUUAGUCUUGAUCCAUGACAGCAACUUCUACUAAAAAAGUGAUAUUUAAAUGUCAUUUGCAUGUUCAUUGUUUCAGAAAAAACUACAGAUAGAUUGAAAAUUUAAAAUUGGACAUUAAAUGGACAUUAAAUGUGGAUUGUCAAACUAAAUACAGUUGAAGUCAAAAGUUUACAUACACCUUGCAGAAUCUACAAAAUGUUGUUUUUCCAAAAUAAGAGGAAUCAUACAAAUUGCAUGUUGUUUUUUAUUUAGCACUGACCUGAAUAAUAUAUUUCACAUAAACUACGUUUACAUAUAGUCCACAGAAGAAAAUAAUAGUUGAAUUUAUAAAAAUGACCCCAUUCAAAAGUUUACACACACUUGAAGUUUUUGUGUAUUCGAACCCUUUCCAACAAUGACUGUAGGAUUUUGAGAGCCAUCUUUUCACACUGAGGACAGCUGAGGGACUCAUAUGCAACUAUUACAGAAGGUUCAAACACUCACUGAUGUGUGAGUGGAAACACAAUGCAUUAAAAGCUGGGGGUGAAAACUUUUGAACAGAAUGAAGAUGUGUACAUUUUUCUUAUUUUGCCUAAAUAUCUUUUUGUUUUAUUUAGUACUGCCCUUCAGAAGAUACAGAAGAUACUUACAUGUUUCCCAGAAGACAAAAUAUGUUACAUUUACCCUUAUCUUCAAAUUCAAAAAGUUUUCACCCCCCGGCUCUUAAUGCAUUGUGUUUCCUUCUGAAGCAUCAUUGAGCUUUUUAAUUUUCUGUAAUAGCUGCACUGAGUCCCUCAGUUGUAAACUUAUUAUUUUAAUACUAAAAAACUGCUUAUUUUCUCUUACGGACUACAUGUAAACAUCUUUUAUGUGAAAUAUCUUCUUCAGGUCAGUACUUAAUAAAAAUUAAACAUGCAUUUGUAUGAUCCCUCUUAUUUUGGAAAAAUAAUUAACAUUUUUGCAGAUUCUUGACUUCAGCUGUAUCUAAUACUAAAAAUGUUAUAUAUUUUGUCUCAUUUUGUAGUGGAACAAGCGGCUUUUUGCAACAUGAUUGGAUCAUUGCCCUGGAAAUUUAAAUGUUUUAUUUGGACAAGACUGUGGACCAAAAUGACAAAAAUAAAAAUUGUUUAUGGGGAUUAUGCAUCUGAAUUUCUCCCUUGUGAUCAAUGAAACCAGACAUUGAUAGCUAUUAAUGUGAAAAGCCUUGAUACGUACUUCACAUUGCAGUUUUGAUUGCAACCAAAAUACAAGUCAGUUUUUUCCAGUCUGUUUCUUGUCUUGUAAAACAAAUGCUUGUCCCCCAACUACGUAUCUUGAACUGCUGUAUAUAGAUACAGUUUUGAAGCCUGAUCUCUUCUAUUUUUGACUGUGGACUCUGAUGUUAGUCGGAGCACUAAAAACAUUCUCACUCUCAAUCCAUCGAAUCGAAACAUUUUGUAUUCCACGGUUUGUCAAUGGUGAAAUGUGGUCAUGUUUUUUGCUCGUGUUAAACACAGUAUCUGUGCUUUGUGUUGUGUGACAAUGACACAUGUACAUAGAAAAUGUAUGUAUUCGACUAUUCACUGGUCAGGAUUAAAAACUAACCUUCUCUCUUUUCUCAUCUGUCACGUGACCCUCUGUCUUUCUCUUUUUCUCUCUCUCUCACCCACACCAUACAACAUAUUUAUUGUGAGAGUGUACAUAUUCAUGUGAGUUGUGCUCUUUGGUGGUGGGACAGGGCUGGUUUUGAUGGAAAAUGUCAUUGUAUGUGUUGUUUAUUAACAGGACCAGGACACAUAGAGAGAUGCUGAGGAAAAAGAGGUAGAUGUUUUUGGAGAAAUUAUAAUCGGUUAACCUGUGUUUUAACAUUUGAAACGUUUAAAUUAAAAUACGGGCAUUUCUUUUUCAUUAGGCAUGAGAGAUUUCGUAUUUGCAGUGUGUUUUAAGCCAGAAAUGUCUACCUCUUCAAGCACUUUCUAUGGAAUAUCACUUGACACCAAACUGAAGGACAAAAGCAAGGGAAACAUGUUGUAUAAUUUUCUUCUGAGAACAUAUACUUUGUCUAGCCCACUAAUGUCAUUUUUUGAAAGGAUAAGAGACUGUUUCUCUUCAGUGGAUGUUGGAGGAAUAUUUAUAAUGACUGUGUAUAAAAAGCGCUUAAAGAAACGCUCUGUGGUUUUAACUCGAGACAUGUUAUCUGGUCUUGAAGGGUGGAGAACAUACUCUAGAGUCCAAACCACAUCUCUUUCCCGUCCACAGAGAAUUUAUUGUGCAGAAUGACAUCCGACACAACUUCUCUGGAGAACUUUAAUGCCACAUAGACUUUCUUUGUCUUGUUGUGUCGUUCCUUUGGUGUUGGUUGUUGAACUAAACAGAAACUUCCUAAAUAUGGUUGCUUCCUAAAUAUUUCCUCUUUGUAUUUACCGAUGUUUGUGUAGGUUCAUGUUAAUGUGAUUGUUUGUGAUAAAUAUUAUUUUAUUAUCAUGUUAUUCUGGGAUUUGGGAGUCCUAAUAGGUGUUUUUUAAAGCAAUAACAAUAAACUGCUGUUUUUUGUUUUUA